ACAUCCAAUCAACUGCAAAUAAUAGAGAAAUGUCGUUCGUCGGUAAACCUAAAGCUGUGAGCACUAAUAACAUCGUAAUUAAAGCUGCGCUGGGAAUACUUGCUGCCCCUAUACUGGCCAAGGUUGCUGUGAGACUAUAUAGGCGAAGGAGAACCAUAAUUUAUGCGUAUCAAGGAAAUUCUUGGUGGAAGGUUGACAAUUCGCAAAGACAAGGACCUAACGUAUGCGCCGUAGAAGUAAACGAUGACAUAAGCUAUGCCUAUUACACUGAAAGCAAACAGUGGAAUCCUCGAAAAAUUUGUGGCAAGCCUACAUUCGUAAGAUACGAAUGCUGCGCAGGAUAUUAUAGAGUUCCUGGAUAUAUUGGAUGCACAGGAGUAAAACCAUUAAUAAAUCUCAUAGAAACAACGCGACGAGUGGGUGCUACGAAAUUUGCAAAAUUAAUCGAAAGUUCGUCCUUUGCGGAAGAAAUGAUCAGUGGACCACCCUUAACGUUAUUCGUACCAUCCGAUGAUGCUUUUGAUCACUACUUAAAAGUAAAAGGUAUUCACCAAGAAUACGGCGGUAACAGAUAUGUAAAUUUAAUCGCGAAUCAUAUAAUAGACAGACGCGUAUUAUCAAAUCAAUGGCAAGCAAAUCUUUUAAUUCCAUCGCGAUUACAAGGAAACGUUUUAAGAAUCAACAAAUUUUCCAGUGGAAUGGAAACAGUGAAUUGUCAUCGAAUUAUUCGCAAGGAUCAAGUUGCCACUAAUGGAGUUGUGCAUGUUAUCGACGGAGUUUUGGAUCUUGCUUUGGCACAAAAUUCGGACAUAAUCGAGCUCGCUUCUAGGGACGGUAGAUUCGAAAUAUUUACAAAAGCUCUUAAAAAUAGCGAGUUAGGAAAUAGAAUUAGAUUCAGUGAAGUACCCUGUACUAUUUUUGCACCCACGGAUCAAGCUUUUCAUCAUAUUCCUAAAAGACAAUUGACCGAUAUGUUGGAAAAUCCGACAGCAUUAAAUGCAUUAAUUGCUCAUCAUAUCGUAACGCAUCCUGUAUGCGUGCCAAAUAUAAUUUCGGAAUAUCAUGCAAGCACGAUGCAACGACAAGGACUAAAAUUAAAUUGCGGUCCGUAUGGACCCAUCGUAGACAAUGCAAAUAUAAGGAAUGAAAUGUAUCAUGGAAAAAAUGGAUUACUUUACGUUGUUGAUCGUGUGUUACUUCCGGAUCGAGCUAAAACUAUCUUGGAUGUGAUCAAGGAGGAAGGAUUAUUUAAAUUUUUAGAAAUAAUUAAAACAGCUGAAUUGGAAGAAAGUUUGAGACAUUUGAAACACUUCACAAUGUUUGCUCCCUCUGAGACAGCAAUGUAUUCUUUAUCAAAUCAGAAACUUGUAGAAUUGCAAAGAAAUCAAAAGAGUGCUCGGAACUUUGUUCUUAAUCAUAUAGUUACGGGAACGUAUUUCACCGAUGAGAUUAGUAGCAAUCAAAUCGCUAGAACGCUUGAAAUAGGAGUUCCAUUACGCUUCCAAGUUUAUCGUGGUAAUUUUGGAAUAGAAAACGCAUUAAUUAUGAAAGCUGAUAGAGAAUGCAGCAAUGGCGUUUUACACAUUAUAAGUCACAUUUUACAUCCAGCAGAAGAAUCUUUAGAUUAUAUUUUGAGAAAAGAAGGCAAUUUCAGUAUUUGGUUAGACGCUAUGGAAAGAAUUAAAGGCAUUCAACCACAAAUGUAUGACCAAUUUAAGCGCGCGAAUUCUUCGUGUACAUAUUUCGUUCCUUCGGAUAAAGCAUUUAAACAGUUAGGAAAUGCCAAACUUCAAAAAUUAUUGGAAGACAGAAACUAUCUAACAAAGACAUUACAAAAUCAUAUCGUGGAUAAUAUGCUACUUGCUGAAAGCUUCAUGCCAGAUUUACAGUAUACCGUCAGAACUAAAGGAAACCCGAUAAAUAUUAUGAGAAAAAAUAACAGAAUUUUGGUAAAUGAUGCCACUCUUGUAAAGAGCAAUAUUUUGAAUAAAGCUGGAGUUGCACACGAGAUAAACUCAGUAUUACUACCUGAUCAAUGUCCUAAUGGUCAUAGAAGAAUACAUGAUGGACCAUUUGUAAGAAAAGCUUGUCUUUACGAUAAAUAAUUAAACCUAUCUAUAUUACUGACUCACGUCACUUAUAAUUACGAUACUAUAUGUUUACCUACAUAUGUGUAUGUAUAUAAAGUUCACAAAGUAUGUAGUAAGUUAUGCACUUAUGUACUGCAUUAUGUAUUCGUUCGGAACAAUAAAUAUUGAAAUUUAAGUGA